AUGCAGAAGCAGCAGCAGCAGCAGCAGCAGCAGUCGCCGCUUCACACCCAAGUCCGCCGACGUCGCCGACGCGUGCUCUCGUGCAUGGUAUGCCGCCGCCGCAAGAUCAAGUGCAACCGCGAGCUCCCAUGUCAGCACUGCACAGAGACGCAGCAGGCUUGCCACUACCAGGCGCCCCCAUCGCCACAGCUGUGGCAGGCGUCCACCGCGGCGCCCCCGGAGAAGCAGCAGCAGCAGCAGCAGCAGCCUCGCCCCUCCAACAAUUGGCGGUCCGUCAUCUUCUCAUCCCAGAGCAACACGCCCGAAUCAACGGGUGAUGCUUCUACCAGCCACCAAGAUGGGCCCCCGCCUCCUGUCUCGCUGCACAGUCCACCGCCAUCGCAGCCGUCCGCGACCGCGACAGAUGAUGGUCCAGCCAAGCCGCCUGACUUUCACCCCCCCAGCAGCUUCGUUUCUCAGCUGCCGCAGCGUGACUAUCGUAUCCCCACCCGCAAAUCGGCGGCCCAUGAUUCGCAGAUUGUCCUGGACAACACCCGUAUCCUACGAUGGAGUCAUUGGAUGGGUGCUGGGCAAGAGUUUGGUCCCAUCUUUGCCUGCUACUUGGAGACCCUGGGUCCUCGUCCGGAAUCUACCUUGUCCCCAGACGCCAAGGCAGUGCUCGUCGAAGCCGCCGAGGUGCUGCAAAAGUGCAAGCGGCUUGCACGCUCCUCCAAGAUCUGGCGGCCCAGUCGCCUCUUUGGCAUACAGGGAUAUGACCUGAUGCCUCCUACGCGUGAAGUGGCAGACGUCAUGACGCGGGAGUACUUCAAGUAUUUCGAAUACACCAUACGCAUCCUGCACAUUCCCUCUUUCUGGGAAUCCUACACUAAAUUCUGGGACAAUCCAGAUGCCGCCACAAUGGACACCCGCCUCACAAUAUUGCUCAUAGUUGCUCUUGGUGCUAGCUUUCAGGAUCGUAGCCAGCCUUCGCUUGCUCUUCCGAAUAUCGCUCAAGUUCACCAGUGGAUAUACGCUGCUCAGGCGUGGUUGGCCGGCCCUGUAGAAAAGGAUCGCCUGGACAUAGGCGGCUUGCAAGUAUACUGCCUCCUCAUCGUGGCCCGACAAAUCUACUCGGUAGGGGGCGACCUUGUCUGGAUGUCGCUCGGCUCUCUUCUACAUCGCGCCAUGCAACUUGGCCUGCAUUACGACCCGUCACACUUCCAGGGCAUGUCCAUCUUCAAAGCUGAGCUGCGCCGCAGGCUAUGGUACACUAUUCUGGAGUUUCUUGUGCAGGCGUCAUUGGACACUGCGAUGCCUCCUAGGAUCUCAGCGGAGGACUUUGACACUGAGCCCCCAGCGAACAUCAAUGACAAUGACUUGGAUGAGGACACUCCAGUGCUACAUUCAAAACCCGACUCGGAACACACCGACACCACGUUACAACGGCACAUCAUCCACGCUCUUCCUGCUCGCAUCAAUAUCGUGCGAUAUCUCAAUGCCAUCAAGACGGACCUCUCAUACCCAGAGGCGAUGAGCCUCAGCACAGCCCUGAGUAGUGCACAGAGACGAGUGACAUUGGCACUUCAAAACCACGCAGACAAGGUAUCCCCCUUCCAACGCAACAUGAUCGACUUUCUUCUGCGACGCUUCGUCGUGCCGCUGCACAGCCCCUUUGCCUGCGAAGCCCGCACCACGCCCGCCUUCCACUACUCCCUCAAGGCCUGCACCGAGGCCAGCCUCGCGCUCAUCAACCCCGAGCCAGACGCACGCUUUGCCCGCAUCCUCGACUUUGCCGGUGGCCUGUUCCGCGAGGGCCUGCGGUCGGCCAACACGGCCAUCAGCCUGGACCUCAUCGUCCAGACCAAGACGCAGCAGGCGGACGGCACGCUGCACCGCACGCGUACCGUGCGCGAGGCACUCAAGCGCUCCGUCGUCGACAUGCUCGAGCGCUGCGAGCGGCGAAUCGCCAACGGCGAGACCAACGUCAAGAGCUACGUCUUCCUAGCCAUGGUACUCGCCAUGACGGAGGCCAUGGAGAGCGGUGAGCCGUGUGAAACGAAGAUUGCCAAGAGUGCGAAGGAUGCUCUGGCGCAUUGCUACGGUAUCUUGGAGAAUAGUCUCGGCUCAUUUGUGACUAGUAUAAAGUCGUCGCUUUUCCCUGUCUCGUUGUAUGCGCUGCUUCAUAAUGUCAGGUUCUUCUACAUCGGCCUUCUUCAAAACAUCCUCGUCCAUCUUGUUAUUUCUUGCAACACGCCCCAACACCAACCCAUGAAGGUCCUGAUCAGCGGCGCUGGGAUCUCCGGUACCGCGCUCGCCUUUUGGCUCGCCAAGCUCGACCUCCGCGGCCACGGCAUCGACGUCCUGCGACUCAUGGGCCUCGACGCCGCGUUCAAGGCCAAAGCCGCCCCCGAGCAGGGCAUGCAGGUAGUUGACGGCGCGGGGCGGCGGCUCGCCUACCUGGCUGCCAACACGUCCGGAACGGGCAAGCAGAAUUUUACGAGCGAGUAUGAGAUUAUGCGCGGGGACUUGUGCCAGCUCCUACAGGAUGCCUCACUCGAGCGAGGGCGCGUCAAGUACUUGUUUGGCACGUUCAUCAAGGAGUUCAAGGACAACAAGAACGGUAUCGCCGUAACGUUCUCCAACGACUGUGUCGAGACGUUCGACCUCGUCGUCGGCGCAGACGGGCAGUGGUCGCGCACGCGCCGCAUGAUGCUUGGCACCACGGCCUCGCCAGACCCCGCGCUGCAUCUGGUCCCCGGCAUGUGUGCUGGCUACUUCACCACGCCGGCCGCCGUGAAACCCGGCGAAGGCUUCGACUCGACGCUCUACCUGCCCUCUCGCAAGCGCAGCGUAAUGACUCGCCGAAGCGACCCAAGCAGGCUGCAAGUGUACAUGGCGUGCUCCGAUCCCACCCUCCAGACGGCUCACCGUGGUGACGUGGAGCGCGAAAAGGCCGCCUUCACUGCGAGCUACCAAGGCGCCGGAUGGCGCGUGCCAGAGCUCGUCGCCGGGAUGCAGGCGACCGAUGACUUUUACUGCGAGCGCGUCGACCUGGUGAAGCUCGACGUCGGUGCGUGGCACCGCGGGCGUGUGGUGCUCCUCGGUGACGCGGCGUACUACCCGUCGGUACUGACGGGCAUGGGAACGACGUGCGCCGUUUGUCGGCGCGUACGUGCUCGCGGGUGA